CCUUUAUUCACGAAUGUAAAUAAACCGAAAACUGCGCAUUUCAUGGCAACUUUAAUCCAGUGAUUCACUUAAAUUUCCUCUGCACAUCGAUGGUCCGCUGCUGACGGAAAGGAGAUGAAUCGAAGGGCCGUUUUGGCCGCCGUGGCCGGUGCCAGUUCGGCCGCUGUCUACUUUGGCCUUCAGCGAACAGGCGACAAGAAUUUCGUCCGCGAAGAAAUUGACGUUCCGAUGGUUGCCUGCGCCACGGCUGAUGACCGAAACGAGCUGAAAUUUGCUGAAAGUUACGAAUCGAAACUGAACUUUGCCAAGGUAAAAGCGAGAGACCUGUUACUCAGGGUCAAGGACGAAGUCGGCGCACCAGGAGUUGUGGUUGGGGUCAGCGUUGACGGGAAAGUUGUUUGGAGAGAAGGUUUUGGAUUUGCAAACGUGGAAACCAGAACUCGUUGCCAUGAAGAGACUGUGAUGAGGAUUGCCAGCAUUAGUAAAAGCAUGACGAUGGCCAUGGUUGGAAAAUUGUGGCAGGAUGGAAAACUGGACCUCGACAAACCUGUUCAGGAGUACGUGCCAAAAUUUCCCAUGAAGACGUUCGACGAGAAAGAGGUGGAAAUUACAACAAGAAUGAUCUUGAGCCACAUUGGAGGCAUCAGGCACUAUGUGAAAAAGGGGGAGAAAGCAGAGAGUGAAUUGUCUGAACCAAACAGCAAGAAGGGCAAAGAAAAGGAAAAGGCAGAGAAGAGUACCAGAGAGAAAGAAGUCUACAACAAGGAGAAAUACGACUCGAUUGAGAAAGCGUUGACUAUGUUUCAAAACGACGAACUGAUGUUUCAACCAGGAACCGACUACCUUUACACCACCCAUGGCUGGACAUUGGUCAGUGCUGUAGUCGAAGGAGCAGGCAAAGAAGAAUUCACAAAGCAGGCCAAGAAAUUCUUUUCUCAGCUAGGACUUCACUACACCAAAUUGGACGAGUCUGAACCAAUAAUUUACAACAGAGCAAAUUAUUACUUGACAAAGAAAAACGGACGGCUGGCCAAUGUUCCUUUCUCCGACAACUCUUACAAAUGGGCCGGAGGUGGUUUUGUAUCGACUGUUGGAGAUUUGCUUAAAUUUGGCAAUGCCAUGCUUUACUCGUACCAGUGGAAACCAAAGAUGACCUUGGUCGAUGGAAAACUAGUCACACAGUAUGUAUCGGAACAGCCAAUUCAUCCCAUCAAAGAUCUCCCUCCAGGAUUUUUGAAACCGGAAACUGUUUGGGAAAUGUGGACGGUGGUUCCGCAGACAAAAGGAAAAUCACAUAGUUUAAGGUAUAGGGAGAAUGGAUAUGGUCUUGGUUGGCAAGUGAUUCCGUAUGUGGCCGAGUUCGGAACCACGGGUGGAGGAGACGUCCAGUCCUUCCACGCCUUCCACACCGGUGCUGCUGUCGGUGCCAGUAGUGCUUUACUCAUAAAACCCGCGGAGGACAAAAGUGAUUCCCAACAGCCACCGCCGAAAGGAAUAUGCGUUGCAAUUUUAAUGAAUAUGCAAAAUGUGGGUUUGGCAGCAGUCGCUGAUGAUAUUGCUCAAAUCUUCCAAAGAACUUUUUGUGAUUGAUAAAAUUAACUUGUUUUAUGUGUCAAGACGGAUAAAUAAAAUUUGGAUUAUUUUCCUAAAUGAAAUAUGAUACAAUUUGUAAUAAUUCAAAUUAGGAAUAAGAACUGGAUUUUGAGCAUGAGCAUACCAACAAAAUUAUGUGUUUUUUCCUUUUUCCCUUUGUUC